AGGAGACUGGACGCCGGCAGAACUCCGGGGGAGGAGAGAACACGACAUCCCGCCACGCUGCGGCCGGAAUUCUGGAUCCAGAGUCCAUGAGGGGCCGCAGCUCCCCUCCCACCCUCAUCCAGGCGACCGAUCCUAGGGCUCCGCCUCAGGGUGGGGCGAGAUCCAGGCCCCCCUCCCCCAACCCAGCCCCGGUGCCCCUACCUUGAGGCCAGGGCGGGGGAUGGAGGCCCCGAAGGAGGUGUUGGCCGCGCUGCCGCUCUGGGGGACCGCGCUAGCAUUGCUGCUUGCCUCGCUUUGGCUGUGGCGGAGCCGGGCCCGUGCUCCUCGGGACUCGGAGGGCCCUGCUCCCUCAGAGCCGGCCUGGCACUCCGCGGGCGCCAAAGAGGCGCGGACACGCGGGCUAGUGCCCCACAAACCGGAGGAGCCUCGGGUGAGGGCAGGAGAGAAGGAAGAGAAGGAGGAGGAGGAAGAGAGGCAGAAAGAUCGAAACUCUGACAAUAAGAAGAUAUCACUACCAGCUGAACUGGAGAAGGAAGAUGAUGCAACUGGAAGAGAAAAUUCCUCUGAUGGUCUCUGGAAGCCUCUUGUUAUUGAAACUACAUGGCCUGGCCAGAAUGAUAUUGAGACAUUUUCCUUUAAAUAUAGCCCUGGGAAGCUGAGGGGAAACCAAUAUAAGAAAAUGAUGACCAAAGAGGAGUUGGAGGAAGAACAAAGGGUUAAAAAAGAACAACUGGCUGCCAUCUUCAAACUCAUGAAGGAUAAUAUGGAGACUUUUGGCGAGAUGUCUGAUGGAGAUAUGCAGGAACAGCUCAAGCUUUAUGAUAUGUAGGCUUGAAAACAACAGAUCUCUAAAAGCUACUGCCUUACCCUGCAACAAGACUCUGAAGACAAUUGUACUGUGACUGAUAUUAGAUUAGUAACUCAUUUUCAGAUUUUUUGUAGGUUUAAAUAUAUAUAAUCAUUUUGCAUAUGCUAUUUAUAUCUCAUCUUAAAGGGAUCAGUUAGUACUCCCCACAGAGGAAGAGGGACACACAGAUCCUUUUGGCUGAGUUUCCCUGCCUGUUGUUUAUUACUGACUUGUAAAUUAUGUGACAUAAUUAAUACAUAUUGUCUUCUGACUUGGGCUAAGAAAUUAUACAUGUUAGUCUCAAUUCAAACAUUAAUGAUUAGGGACCUGUUUGUCAGAUGAUAUUAGAGUAGGAAUAACCUGAACUCCUAACUCAUGACACAGUAAUAAGCUGUUUUGGAAGAUUCAAGCGUGCUGAAGGAUAUAAUAUCUUUAGCAUCUUUAUAAAGCUUUAUAGGGUAAAGGUCUAUGAGGUUUUUUUGAGGGUUUGAGAUUCAUUUCUUCCUUGAUAGUCUAAAAGUCUGUUUCAAAGACUCAUCUUUGGGGGCAGUAAGGUGGAAAAAGCCUGGAGUCAGGUGGACCUGGGUUCAGAUAUGACCUCAGAUACUUCCUAGCCAUGUGACCCUUAGCAAGUCACUUAAUCCCAUUUGC